UUUGAGAAACAAACAAAUAAAAAAUGGCACAACCCGAACAAGAUAUUCCCACAUUCAAAUGCGUCUUGGUUGGUGAUGGUGGUACCGGCAAGACAACCUUCGUCAAACGUCACAUGACCGGCGAGUUUGAAAAGAAAUAUGUUGCCACUUUGGGUGUCGAGGUGCAUCCAUUGAUUUUCCAUACAAAUCGUGGCGCCAUUCGUUUCAAUGUCUGGGAUACAGCCGGUCAGGAGAAAUUCGGUGGCUUGCGUGAUGGCUAUUAUAUUCAGGGACAGUGUGCUGUAAUUAUGUUCGAUGUGACAUCGCGUGUCACCUACAAGAAUGUACCAAAUUGGCACAGAGAUUUGGUACGUGUCUGCGAGAACAUACCCAUUGUAUUGUGCGGCAACAAGGUCGACAUCAAGGAUCGUAAGGUCAAGGCCAAGAGUAUUGUGUUCCACAGAAAGAAGAAUUUGCAGUACUACGACAUCUCAGCCAAAUCAAAUUACAACUUUGAAAAGCCCUUCUUGUGGUUGGCCCGCAAAUUGGUUGGUGAUCCCAAUUUGGAAUUCGUUGCCAUGCCCGCUCUGUUGCCUCCCGAAGUCAAAAUGGACAAGGACUGGCAGUUACAAAUCGAAAGAGAUUUGCAAGAGGCCCAGGAAACAGCUUUGCCCGACGAGGAUGAAGACUUGUAAAGAA